AUGGCCGGGUCAUGGGUGAAGCUGGGGCUAGACCCAGCUGACUUCAGUUGCACUGAUCACCAUCACCAUCAUCAUGAAGGUUUGGAUUGUGUGUGUGCUGCCUUUACACUGAGGACUGCUGCAGCUGCAGCAAAUGAGACUCAGCCUGAGCAGAAUCAGAAACUUCCAGAGGAAACUACUGAGCUGGUUGUUGAUAAGUUGGUUGAUGCAGAUAAGGAGGAAGCGCUCAGACAACUACUUGCUGCUGAAGAUAAGUCAGGCUACUGUCGUCCUGGCUGGUUUAGACAUGGAACACGCUGCUUUCUGUUUGUGAGGUCAACUCAGUCCUGGAACAACGCUGAGACACAGUGUGUAGCUGAACAGGCAAGUUUGGCAUCUGUACACAACCUGGAUGAACAUAGCUUCCUGCAGAAUUUGCUUCGAGUCACGGGCAUAUCAUACACUUGGCUUGGUGCCUACAACCUCCAGUAUGUAAUACAUGUGAUUUUGUAUGGAACAUGGCGCUGGAUUGACAGAACUUGGUUCUCCUACAGUAACUGGUACUCACUAAGCAGUGUAUCCAGCUACCCGUGUGUUAUCAUGAGGAACAAUGUUGGCUGGUCUAACACUAACUGUGCAAAUAGAUAUCCAUUCUUCUGUUCUACUGACCCAAGCAAAUGCUAA